GACAGCUCAGCAUCAGCAAGAUCAAUGACCGAAGGAGAGAGAAGUCAGUGACGGUCCCCGCACUGGGGCCAGUGAGAGCAGACAAUGACAGACUCCCAGCGAAGGCACACAGCUGGGAGAAGGGGAUUGCGCGGGGACCUCAUUGCCUGAGAGUCGCAGGAUGGAGCCAAUCAUCCAGAUGAUAAUGCUUCACAUAAUGGGCACUUGAAGAAGGAAAUUGUCUCAUCAUUAUCCUGCAGGGGCCGGCUAAACUGGGGCAUCCUGAAAAAUCUGGGGCUCUGGCCUGCAGGGGAAAUGAGAAGUAGAAGAAUGUAGAUCAGUGUAUUUUCUUUGACGCCACUGUCUCCAGCCCUGGAAAAGCUCUAAACAGUAAGUGACAGGAAGGACCACAAGAAGCCACAGCUGACUCCCCCGUAGAAGAACUGGAAGCCGAGGCCUGGUGCACAGUGACUCCCUGCAGGUGUGGAGAGGAGAGGGGACAGCCAUAUCCUGCACCCCACGCUUCCAGGACUAGCCCCCCACUGCUGUCCAGCACUCUGGUGCUGCCUUCUCAGGCUCAAGGUUAAAGGAAAGAAGCUAGAAGGUGUUCAAACACCAGCAUCUCAAAAAGAGAGAGAAAAAGAAAAGGCCAGGUGGAUUUUACUUCCGGGCUGAGAUGGACGGAGGAGACUCGGCUGAGCCUGGAGGACAGGUCACCAACCAGAGAGCGGGAUGGAAAAUGCUCGUCCUUUUCACCCUGUGCCUGUCACAAGCUGCAAAUGCAUUGAAGGACCCGAAGCUGGUGUCUGGGGAGCUGGGGGGAACUGUCACCAUCCCGUGCCAUUAUGCCCCCUUGUCCAUCAACAAAUACGAGCGGAAGUACUGGUGUCGCCUCAGCCCCCUGACGUGGUUCUGCCACACCAUUGUGUCCACCACCCACUACACUCACCUUGCCUACCGUGGCCGCGUGGCUCUUGCAGACUUUCCGCAGAAAGGCUUAUUUGUGGUGAGGCUGUCCCAACUGUCCCUGGAUGAUGCGGGCCACUAUCGCUGUGGCAUUGGGAGGAGAAAUGACAUGUUCUUCUUUAGCAUAAAUUUGACUGUCUCUGCAGGUCUUUCCAGGACCAUCCGCACACCCACUCCAGCUGCUGGUGAGCUCGGCAUGGCCUUCUUGAGAAAAGCGUCACCAGCGGCCAACAGAUGGACCCCAGGAACCUCCUGGCUGGUAGAAAGACAAAGGACACGAUUCCACAGAGUGGCUCUGACUCCAGAAACCAGGAAAACAGCAGCUUCCGCUGAGGCCACACAGACCCCAGGAGCAACUGGGGCAGUUGCUUUAGGGACAGGUAGUUGGGUAGAGGGUUCUGUCUCAACAACAGUCCCCGCUCCAGAGAGUUCAGCUUCAACAGUCGGAGGCAUGUCCAACACGACAGAAGGUGUUUGGGUGUGGGACACCACAGGCUCGGUAGGGAAUACAGGUAGACCCGGUGAGGAAGGGAGGGAGGUAACAACUUCUGAGACCGGUAGGCCACAAGAAGAAACAGACAGGGUCAGAACAGCUGUGGAUGUAGCUGAGAAGGUCAUAGGGGCCAUGAGGCCAACAACUCUGGUCUCAGAAAAAUGGAUGCAAGAAAUCUUGCAAGAAACAACUGCCAUUCCUAAGCCCCAAGUCCUGGGGUCCAUUGAAAGAACUACAGCUGCAGGCAUGUGGACCCCGGGACCCUCCGGCAUAGAGGUAGCAUCUCAAGAGGGAGCUACUGAAGGGGACCUGGUCACUCCUGCUGAACACAGCCAUCCCCAAGCAACACCAAGCCAGGCCCUGGCAGCUGGGCCCUGGAGGCCCCUGGGCAAGGGGUCUUCCGUGAAGAGGGAUUCUCCAGGAGAGAAAAAUAUCUCUCGGAUCCUGACUCCUGUCUCUACUGUGCUCUUCCCCCUUACGCUUGUGGCUCUUGUCCUGUUGCAAAGGAGGCUCCGGAGAAACAGGACGUCUCUGGAGACAGAAAUGACAGCAGGGGUCACCUUGAUUCAGAUGACCCGUUUCCUGGAACUGAGCCUCCAGCCAGACCAGCUGCCCCACGUGGAAAGGAAGAUGUUCCGGGAUGGCUAUCCUACUCGGGCCAGCCUGACUGUCCCAGAGAGGCACCCUGACCCCCAAGGAAUGGAACAAUAAGCUGUUCAGUCACCAUGGAAAGAGAGCCAGGGCCCAACACCAUGACUUCAGCCUUUUCUCACCCUUCCUUUAUACAGAGGGAAGCCAGUGGAGCUGGGGCUUCCUCUGGGGAAGCAGAGGCUGGCCAUCCUUGGGCCUAGGAAAGUCCAGCAUUUUCCACAGCCAAAGGUGAUAUAUGACUCAAAGAAAGCUUCAAGAAAGGAUUUAUUAAACACUGGUGGAGGUCGUCACCUAGGAAAUCGUGGAACUUCCAUUUCUGGGAGUUUGAAAAUAGAAGAGCCUUCCAAUUAUUACAACU